CGGAGUUUCUCGGCUGAGGGAAGCGGCGAGGAGGGAAGGGACGCGGGAGACGGCGGGAAGGCGCGGGGCGGCUCGCAGAGCGGAGGAAAAUGGCAAAAAUGGAGGUGAAGACAUCUCUUCUGGACAAUAUGAUCGGGGUUGGAGAUAUGGUGCUUCUGGAACCCUUAACAGAGGAAUCCUUUAUCAGUAAUCUCCAAAAGCGUUUUGAUCACAACGAGAUAUAUACUUACAUCGGUAGUGUGGUGAUAUCAAUCAAUCCAUACAGACCGCUGCCUAUUUAUUCACCGGAGAAGGUAGAAGAAUACCGAAACAGAAACUUCUAUGAACUCAGACCUCACAUUUUCGCCCUGUCAGAUGAGGCAUAUCGAUCUCUGAGAGACCAGGAUAAAGAUCAGUGUAUACUUAUCACUGGAGAGAGCGGAGCUGGAAAAACAGAAGCCAGCAAACUUGUCAUGUCUUAUGUAGCUGCCGUUUGUGGCAAGGGAGCAGAAGUGAAUCAAGUGAAAGAACAACUUCUGCAAUCUAAUCCCGUGCUUGAAGCUUUCGGAAAUGCCAAAACUGUACGGAACGAUAACUCUUCUCGAUUUGGAAAGUAUAUGGACAUUGAGUUUGAUUUCAAAGGCGAUCCUCUCGGAGGAGUAAUAAGCAACUAUCUGUUGGAAAAGUCCCGUGUUGUUAAACAACCACGAGGUGAAAGAAAUUUUCACAUAUUCUAUCAGAUAUUGUCCGGAGGAUCUGAAGAUAUGCUUAAAACCCUGAAACUGGAGCGAGAUUUCAGUCGCUACAACUACCUAAGCCUGGAUUCAGCACAAGUGAAUGGAGUGGACGAUGCUGCCAACUUCAGAACUGUUAGGAACGCCAUGCAGAUUGUGGGAUUUAUGGACCAUGAAACACAGUCCGUUUUUGAAGUCGUUGCCGCCGUCUUAAAAUUAGGAAAUAUUGAAUUCAAGCCUGAAUCUCGAGUGAAUGGUUUAGAUGAAAGUAAAAUCAAAGAUAAAAACGAACUCAAAGAAAUAUGUGAGCUGACUGGCAUCGAUCAGUCGGUGCUGGAAAGAGCGUUUAGCUUCCGUACUGUCGAAGCCAAGCAGGAGAAAGUCUCAACAACUCUAAACGUGGCCCAGGCUUACUAUGCCCGGGAUGCUCUGGCAAAGAAUCUUUACAGUAGACUCUUUUCUUGGCUUGUCACCAGAAUCAAUGAGAGCAUUAAGGCACAAACGAAAGUAAGGAAGAAAGUCAUGGGCGUUUUGGACAUCUACGGCUUUGAAAUUUUUGAGGAUAACAGUUUUGAGCAGUUCAUCAUUAAUUACUGCAAUGAGAAACUGCAACAGAUCUUCAUUGAGCUGACGUUGAAGGAAGAGCAAGAGGAGUACAUUCGAGAGGGCAUUGAAUGGACCCACAUUGAAUUCUUCAACAACGCUAUCAUUUGUGACCUAAUAGAAAACCACCAGAAUGGAAUUCUGGCCAUGCUGGAUGAGGAAUGCCUGCGACCGGGGGUCGUUACUGAUGACACCUUCUUGGAAAAGUUGAACCAGGUGUGCGCCACACACCAGCACUUCGAAAGCAGGAUGAGCAAAUGCUCGCGGUUCUUGAAUGAUACUUCCCUACCGCACAGUUGCUUCAGAAUUCAGCAUUACGCGGGAAAGGUGAUGUAUCAGGUGGAAGGAUUUGUUGACAAAAAUAACGACCUGCUGUACCGUGAUCUGUCACAAGCCAUGUGGAAAGCCAACCACCCCCUCAUUAAAUCACUCUUCCCAGAAGGAAACCCUGCCAAGAUUAACUUAAAAAGACCUCCAACAGCUGGUUCACAGUUCAAGGCGUCCGUAGCAACCUUGAUGAGGAACUUACAAACCAAAAAUCCCAACUACAUCAGGUGCAUUAAGCCUAAUGAGAAAAAAGCGGCACACGUCUUCAGCGAGGCUCUGGUGUGUCAUCAGGUUCGCUACUUGGGUCUCCUGGAAAACGUCCGUGUCAGGAGGGCAGGAUAUGCGUUCAGGCAGCCGUAUGAACCUUGUUUAGAGAGGUAUAAAAUGCUGUGCAAGCAAACGUGGCCCCACUGGAGAGGCCCGGCCAGAGCCGGAGUAGAGGUACUAUUUAAUGACCUGCAGAUCCCCGAAGAAGAAUACUCCUUUGGUAGAUCGAAAAUAUUCAUCCGCAAUCCAAGAACACUCUUCAGAUUAGAAGACCUGCGGAAACAGCGCCUUGAGGACUUGGCAACAUUAAUCCAGAAGAUCUACAAAGGCUGGAAGUGCCGUACGCAGUUUCUUCUCAUGAAGAAAAGUCAGAUUGUGAUUGCUGCCUGGUACAGGAGAUACGCGCAACAGAAGAAAUACCAGCGGACCAAGAGUUCUGCCAUCGUAGUUCAGUCAUAUAUCAGAGGGUGGAAGGCUCGAAAGCUGCUUCGAGAGCUGAAGCACCAGAAGCGGUGUGAAGAAGCGGUCACCACAAUCGCGGCCUACUGGCACGGUUCUCAGGCGCGAAGGGAACUGAGGCGGCUGAAGGAGGCGGCUAGGAAUAAACUUGCUAUUGCUGUUAUAUGGGCUUGCUGGCUUGGAUUUAAGGCUCGAAGGGAGUUGAAACGCUUGAAGGAGGAAGCUAGGCGUAAGCAUGCUGUUGCGGUCAUUUGGGCUUACUGGCUUGGACUGAAGGUCCGUAGAGAGUACAGGAAGUUUUUCCGAGCCAACGCGGGAAGGAAAAUCUAUGAGUUUAUACUUCAGAAAAUCAUUCAAAAAUAUUUCUUGGAAAUGAAGAAUAAGAUGCCUUCUUUAUCACCGAUAGACAAAAACUGGCCAGCAAGGCCUUACCUCUUUUUGGAUUCAACACACAAGGAACUGAAGAGGAUAUUCCACUUAUGGAGGUGUAAAAAGUACAGAGAUGAAUUCACAGAUCAGAAGAGAGCUGUUUAUGAAGAAAAACUGGAAGCCAGCGAACUUUUCAAGGACAAGAAAGCUUUAUAUCCAGCCAGCGUCGGGCAGCCAUUCCAAGGGGCUUACCUUGAAAUCAGCAAGAACCCCAAGUACAAAAAACUAAAAGACGCCGUGGAGGAGAAAAUUAUCAUUGCCGAAGUAGUAAACAAAAUCAACAGAGCAAAUGGGAAGUGCACUGCUCGGAUUUUCUUGCUCACAAAAAAUAAUGUCCUCCUUGCCGAUCAAAAGUCAGGGAAUAUCAAGUCAGAGCUUCCCCUAGGAGAUGUCACUAAGGUGUCCAUGAGCUCUCAGAACGAUGGCUUCUUUGCUGUACACCUCAGAGAGGGGUCGGGAGCAGCUGGGAAGGGAGACUUCCUGUUCAGCAGCGAUCAUCUGAUCGAAAUGGCUACCAAGCUUUACCGCACCACGCUCAGCCAAACCAACCAGAAACUCAACAUUGAAAUAUCUGAUGAGUUCCUCGUUCAGUUUCGACAGGACAAAGUGUGCGUGAAGUUUGUGCGGGGGAACCAGAAAAAUGGCAACAUUCCAACUUGCAAGCGAAAAAACAACCGACUUCUUGAAGUUGCUGUGCCUUAAUUCUCUGUGCUCCUCCCUUUACACGGAUCCCUUCUUUGUAACGGUGCAAUUUUAGCAGGGGUGGGGAUUUUCGUGGGACUGGAAGGGUUGUUCUGCCAACAGCUUUGGGAAAUCCUUGCCGAAAGAUGCAACGAAGUUAUCGACACACAGAUGUUUUAGUAUGAUAAUCUCUAAGGUCCAUAUGUGGACUUUGUCCACCGACUGCGUAUUAUAGGCAGGCCAAAUGCCUUCUCAUACUUCUAAUCGUUUUUAUUUAUUCUUCACUUUUUAGUGCUGCUUAUUAUAAAUCCAUAUACCUUACAGCCCUGAUCUUCAUACUUGUUUGCUGGAAUCCUGCCCCUCCGGCCACGCAAGCCGCACCGGGAAGCCAUUCGUUGCGUCUCUUCCCUGCUUGUUCUAUUCUAUGGCAAAGCUCAGACCAAAGGGUUAAUUGUAAGACCGUAUUGGAGACUCUGACAAACUUCUCAGUGAGAAGCAGUUACCCCGUUAAUUGCAAACAGCGCAGAGAGCUCUGUAAUUGGAUCUUUAAGAGCGUCAAGGGCAGGAAACCCUUAAUUCUGCAAAGCAGAAGGAAUGUAUGACCACAUACGCAGCAUCUGCGUAUGUUUUUGUUUUAUUUGCAUCAAAGAAGCUGGUGUUUUGCAGUGGGCUUUAUAAUUGUCAACUUUUAAUGCCUUUACAAGCGUAGGAAACUGUAUGAGUCUAUGAAGCAGGCAACACGUAUAUUGGGGGGUUCCUGUAGCCAUGCAGCCUGAGGUACGUCCUUUGUUUUGUGUAAGGUUCCCCUAUCAAUUUAAAAUUAUCCUUUAAAUGUUAAAUCUCCAGAGGGUACAAUUGCUUGCACAGGGGGGCCAUGCGCAAGUGAUUUUAAAUAACAUGUCUGUCAAAUGGGAUCUAAUCUCCCCCCUCCCCCCAGACAUUGGCAUAUGCUCUAUACAAUGUGCAAUAAAGCAUUCAUACAGCUUGCAAAACUUAUUUAUAAUAACUUUUGUGGGGGGAAGGCACGGGUUAAGACAUCCUGCAUAUUUGUUGUUCAAAAGACUGAAAUUAGGUCUGUACCGUGUCAAUCUGAAGGGAGCGUUUCCAGAUGUACACUACAGUUAUCGCUAUUGGAGACAAUGUACAUACAUUUGAUUUUAAUGGUAAAUAAUUGUUUUAAUUCUGUGCUGUUUGGUACUCUUGUGAUAACCAUAUUUUUGUAUUUCAAACAGUUUUAUAUAAGUUUGUGCACCUGAUAUGUAUUGUGUGCACAGAAACACGUUACAGUCAAGACCUGCAUUCUCACUUUCAGAACACAGAUUGCAAACUUUAAAGCCUUGUAUAAACCAGGAGAAUUAUUCGGGAGCCUUGAUUUGUGGGGCGUCAUUUUCAAGUGUUUAGGCAGAAGUUAGCUAAAGAAGAUUGUUUGAAUGUGAUUGUUUGACUUUGUUGAUGGUUUUAGACAUGUUGUAUCCUCAGUCUGAUGCCUUCCAGGGGAGAUUACUGCACAAAUCGUGCAAUGCUAAAAACCCAAGUAUAAAUAAAGAAAAGCUUUGAAAAUUA